UCUCCCCUGCAUCAGUGACAAGUGAAAUUUGAGAAGAACCUGGUAGGGAGAAACAUGACCCAUAUAAUCUGAUGUAAAUAAAUAUUUUGCUUGUUGACCUGUCCAGUAAGGUGACAGCGCACUUGUGCAUAAGAAGACCGGUUCUCUUUGGUCUGCUUUUAGAACAUGGAAGGACGGUGUGACAAGACCGAAGGAAAGAGAAGGGUUAAGGAAAGGAAAUUCAAUGAAGGAAUGAAAUUCUUCAGGCUGACUUUCCAACAAAAGUCUACUUUGAUGAACGGCGCUCUGGCCAAUAUUGCUUUAAACGGGUGUUAUUCCAUAGCACAGUCAUUUAUGCGAGAUGAGGCAAUAAAAAAGGACGUGUCUCUAACGGGAGUAGGGGCAAUAUUUGGGUGUUACGAGGUGGCCAUGUUCUGCUGUUCCUUUAUUAUUGGCUCACAGUUAUGUCGCAUGGGAGCGAGGCGUUGUUUCUACAUUGGAACGCUUGUAAUUGGUGUCAGUUCUUUGGCCUUCGGCUUUUUAGGUUCCUGCCCUCCUGGAGGCACUUUUCUUGGACUUGCCAUCACAAUACGUGUCAUAGAAUCAUUGGGUGCGGCCAUUUCUGCAAUAGCAAUCUAUGCCCUAGCAACGAAGGAGUUUAGGGAUAACGUCGCAACGGCAUAUGGGUUCUUGGAAAUGUUUGCAGGACUUGGUCACGUCUUGGGCCCCUUGGUCGGUGGCGGCCUCUAUCAGCUGGGAGGGUUUGGCUUGCCGUUCUUCGUGUCAGGUCCACUAACGAUCAUCGUAGCAGCUGUUGCCUUUUUUACUUUACCCACUGAGAAAGAAGAGGAAGGUAACUUGUCAGAGUUAUUUUUGUCAUAA